AUGGAGUCGGGCAUGCAAGACAGCCACAAAUCCUUCCUCAUCAAGGACCUGCUAGGAGAUGUUCUUAGACCUGGUGUCGGAGUUGCAGGCAAACCUCAAGACGAAGAAGAAAGCACAAGCCGAUGCGACUCAGUGACACAGAACCUGGAGAACUCCGAAGAUGACAUUUCAGUCGGUGACAAUCGGUCAGAAACCUCUUCUCCAAAGAACCAAUACCCCUACGACAAUGAACGAAAGGACAAAGCAAAAACAACAGACACCGAUGACUUUCAGAUCGAGUACAACACUAAUCGAAUACCAAAUUCAAAUUUCAAUUCUCCGUUUAAAGAAGACGAGAAUGAGUACGACAGAGACGAAGCGGUGAAGAUGUAUGACACAUCGCUGUUCCAUUUAUAUCGAGAGAGAAAGGAGGACGGUGAAUUUCCAAUGACAAGCUCAAUAUCAGAUAGUAUCUAUGGCCGGUCGAUGGAUCUUUCGAAAUCGACGUUCCAAUCUCAAUUACUAGCCGGGUUUGCGGCGUCUGUAAUCGCUGGUGGAUCUCAAAAUGAAGGACAGGAUUCUUCGGAUCGUCAGCCUCAAAAUCGAAGCACUGCUAGUUCGGGUCGCAAGCCACGUCGACGGCGCACUGCUUUUACACACGCGCAACUUGCUUACCUUGAGAGGAAGUUCAGAUGCCAAAAGUACUUGAGCGUAGCAGACCGAGGUGAUGUAGCAGAUGCCCUUAAUCUCAGCGAGACUCAAGUUAAGACCUGGUAUCAGAAUAGGAGGACAAAGUGGAAACGUCAAAACCAACUGCGCUUGGAGCAGUUGCGAGCGCAAGCAGCAAGUGGUGAACGAGAAUUGACGCAUUCACUCCCUCUUGCGUGUGCGCUUCUACCCCCCUACCCAGCGUACAUGCACUGCCAUCUGUGA